AUGCCCACCGAGACCCUGACACCGCUGGCAGAUAGCAAGCCCCCCGGCCACGGGGCGGCCUUUGCCUCCACCGUCCCCCUGCGCAUACUCAACAAAGGGCCCGACUACUUCCGGCGCCAGGUGGAGCCCAACCCUAAGCGGCUGAGCGCUGUGGAGCGGCUGGAGGCGGACAAGUCGAAGUACGUCAAGAGCCAGGAGGUCAUCAACGCCAAGCAGGAGCCUGUUAAGCCCCCGCUGCUGGCCAAGCCGCCUGUCUGCCCUGCCGUGGCUAAGAGAGGGGCGAAUGGGGGCGGUGGUGGUGGGGUGGACCUCAAGGCAUCCAACAACAACUCCAAGUCAGACACGUGCACCACCACCAGCAAACGGGAGAACCUCAACCUGGAGAUCCUUAAGAACCUCCUGAACAGCUCCGGCUCGACCUCUGAAGGCCACGCUAAGAGCGCUACUCUAAAGCCCGGGGCCAGGAGCUGGGCCCCCCACCGCUCCAUCCCCACCACAACGGACUGCUCUGAGCCCACCAGCCUCUGUUCCUUCUCCGAGUCCCUCAAGGUGCCUCCCCCUGUACCCGGCCGACGGAGCCCACAGGGGGGCAACCUGAACCUCAGCCGCCGCCUGCUGGAGGAGCGGGGCGAGGGCGACCGCUCACCCCUCCACACCUCCCACAGCUCUUCCGACAUCCGCAGGCUAUGCAACGGUAAGUCUCUAAGGGCGGCCCGAAGUAGCAGCAGCUCCGCACCUCCCUUACCCCCCAAGCCCAGCCCCAAAGUCCUUGCCCCCCUCUGCGACAACGCCCCCCAGGCCCCUGAGAGCGAGGCCACCACCACGCCGCCCUCCUCUGCCGCCCCAGCUGAGCAGUUGGAGCUAGCGCUGGGGAGCUCUGUGGCCCGCCGGCCGUCCCUGCAUCGCUCCAAGUCGGACCUGAGCGACCGUUACGCACGAGCCGGCGCCGACGUGGAGCGCUUCUUUAACUACUGUGGGCUGGACCCCGAGGAGCUGGAGAGUGUGGGCGUAGAGAGCUUCGCCCGUGCCAACUCCGACAUCAUCUCCCUCAACUUCCGCAGCGCCAGCAUGAUCAGCUCGGACUGCGACCAAUCACGGCACAGCAACGAAGACAUGACGGACGAGGAGGAAGAUGCAAGCGAACGCGUGCCUUACGGGAUCUCGGCCGUAGAACGCAACGCCCGCGUCAUCAAAUGGCUGUACAGCAUCAAACAGGCACGCGAGUCACAGAAAGUAUCUCAUGUCUAA